AUGAGUUCCAAGGUCAAGAAAUGUGCCAACUGCGGUCACACUGCCUUCACACGUGACCGGUUCACUAAUGCCGGUGAUAUAUCGUGCUUGCGAUGCGGGACGGUGAUGGAGGAGAAUCCUAUCGUGAGUGAGGUUCAAUUCGGCGAAUCAUCCUCUGGUGCUGCCAUGGUUCAAGGUGCAAUGGUUGGCGCCGACCAGGCAAGAGCUUCGUACGGGGGAAGACAGAAUGCGAUGGAAAGUCGUGAACAGACAUUGUCUAACGGGAAGAGAAAAAUCAGAAAGAUCGCUCAUGCCUUGAAGAUUGCAGACUAUAUUGCGGAAUCGGCUGGAGGUUGGUUCAAAUUGGCUCUUACCCAGAAUUUUGUGCAAGGAAGAAGGUCACAGAAUGUGCUAGCAGCCUGUUUGUAUGUUGCUUGUAGAAAAGAGCGUACUCACCAUAUGUUGAUAGAUUUCAGUUCAAGAUUACAGAUCUCCGUGUAUUCCUUAGGAGCGACGUUCUUGAAGUUGGUGAAGGCUCUCAACAUUGUAAAAUUGCCGUUAGCAGAUCCUUCUAUAUUCAUCCAGCAUUUUGCCGAAAAGCUUGACUUCAAGGAAAAAGCCACCAAAGUGGUCAAAGAUGCAGUAAAGUUGGCUCACCAGAUGUCGAGCGAUUGGAUUGACGCUGGUCGUAGACCUGCUGGUAUCGCAGGAGCGUGUGUUCUUUUGGCUGCGAGAAUGAACAACUUCAGACGAACCCACUCGGAGAUUGUAGCGGUAGCUCAUGUUGCUGAAGAGACAUUGCAGAAACGGUUGAAUGAAUUCAAGAAGACUGCUUCAGGUGUUUUGACUGUUAGUCAGUUCCGAGAAUCUGAAGGAACCAUAUCGUCGCAGCCUCCUUCCUUUACUAGCAAUCGUGAUCGCGAGGACAAGUUGCGAAUCGAAGUGGCAGUCAAAGAAGCCACGUUAAAGCGAUUCAAAGAAUAUGCUGAAGAUAACCGGUUCAGUGAUGAGCCUCCAGACUUCUCCAAAAUCCCCGCAGAUCCAGAACAUAACAACGCUUCCAAGAUGCAAAGACAGCAGCGGUUGUUGCGUCGGGACCAGUUAGAAAAGGAUACGUUGUUGCGGACGAUCUUGAGCGAUUGUAGUUUCACAGUAGAUACACUCACUGAAGAGUUGGAAAGAAUCAUCAGCAAGAAGAAGGACGAAUUGACAGGAGCCUUGUAUAUAACUCCUAGUGACUCUAAGGGUGUUGGUCAGAGCGAAUUUGCUGAGAAGUGUGAGAUGAAUAAACCUCGAAAUCUCGUGAAAAACUUACCCAAGACCCAAGACAUUUUGGCAAAAGUAUCGUCUUCUACUGAGUUGAAUCUGGAUGACGACGACGAAGUGGUCUUGGAGAGUGAAUUGACUCCAGAAGAAGCCUCUAUUAAGGAAAGAAUAUGGACAGGUUUAAACCACGACUUUAUGGUAGCUCAGGAGAGAAAGAGAUUGAAACAGGAGGCUGAUGAGUUGACAGGGAACACAUCAGGAACUACAAGAAAAAAGAGAGCUCGAACAGCACCAGAAGUUGUUCAAGAGUACGGAGUCAAGGAUGCGUUAUCUGUAAUUGGAGUCGAUGAAAGAACAGGCGAAGCACUUACAGCUGCUGAAAGUGCCAAGAUCAUGUUACUGAAGAAGUCGUUUUCUAAGAAGAUCAACUACGAUCGUAUUGAUGACUUGUUUUCGAAUAGCAUGUAA